UUUUUUUUUUUCUUUUUUUAAUUCAAAUCAAACAUUUCUCCUCCUUCUGUCCCUUAAUAAUAAAAUAUUGCUACUUGCAAUAAAAAAUAUAUUUUCUUUCUUUUUCCUUUAAUUUUAAAUGGACCCACAAGCAUGUACAAUCAUUUUAUUAAAGCAACAACAAGAAGAAGAAGAACCUUUUCACAUAAUAAACGAUAAUAAUGAAGAAGAUGAUACCAUAUCUUUACUCCAAAAUAUAUUCAAGCAUGUUUAUAAGGCUACUAAUCUCGAAUCUUGUCUUAAUUAUAUAAAGUCAUCUUCAACAACAACUUUAUUAUUACUUGUUGAAUUAGAUGAAACUCAAUUACCAAACAUUCAACUUGAAUUACUUGCUCAGUUAAUAGAUAAACUAUCUUCACUAUCAGAACCUAUACCGAUUAUUGUUUGUUCAACGAAUGAUAAUUCACAGUUUAUGCUUAAUUGUAUACAAGCAGGAGCAACAGAUUAUAUUUUACGUCCAUUAAAACCUAACGUGAUAAAAACUCUAUUUUUGAACUUAUUUAGACAACAUAAAUCAUCAUUUUCAUAUGAACAAAAUCAUUCUCUAAGAAGAAGGAGUAGUAGUCGUAGUCGUAGUCGUAGUCAUAGUCAUAGUCAUAGCCAUAGCCAUAGUCAUUAUACAAAUGAAACUACUACUUGUUCAAUUAUUUAUUCUGAUAUACCUAUUAUACAACAAUAUUCAUCCUUAUCCACUCUAUCGUCUUCCACUUCUUUAUUAGAUAGAAUGAAAGCAUUUGAUUCAAAGAAUACAAACCUUACAAAAGUAAUGAUAGAUAACUGUAUUCCAUUAACAUCUAAUACGAAUGCAUUGUUACCUACAUGGAAACAAUUAACAAGUGAAUCUUCUGUUAGAGAAAGCUUAGAAUGUAAGAUAUCUAAAUGGGAUUUUAGUUCAUUAGAUCUAUCACAUCAAGACUUGGUUUAUGUUGCUGUGAUUAUCAUUUCUCAAGUAUUUAAAUUACCACAAGUAACAAUUUUAUUUACAGAAGAGCAAUUAUAUAAUUUCAUUAUUGACCUUUCAAAUAUUUAUUAUAAUGAAAAUACGUAUCAUAAUUUUGCUCAUGCUGUCGAUGUAUUGCAAUGUCUAUAUUAUUUCUUAUGUCAAAUGGGUUUAUUACCUUUUAUUAGAGAUAAUGAUUCCUCAUCAUCAUCAUUGCCACAAAAAUCAGUAUUGUCUGCUUAUUAUCAAUCUAUUUUAAGACCUCUUGAUAUCUUUGCUGUCUUAAUAGCUGCUAUUGGUCAUGAUACAGCGCAUCCUGGUGUCAAUAAUACAUUCCUAAUCAAUACUUCGGCUCCUUUAGCUUUGUUGUAUAAUGAUCAAUCCGUAUUAGAAAACUUUCAUGCUAUGGCUUUAUUUCAGUUAUUAAAGAAACAUAAUUUUGUGAAUGAUCAACAAGUUUUGAUAUUUGGAUCAAAUACAAAAGAGGAAUACAAUGAAUUUAGAAAACUUGUAAUUACAAGCAUUUUAGCAACGGAUAUGGCAUUACAUGGUGACUAUGUAAAGAAAAUUAAAGAACAGAAAGAAAGAUUCAUAGAUAAUAAAUGGGAAUCUGCUCAAUGUUUAGAAGAAAGAUUGCUAUUUUGCAGUGGUUUAAUGAAAUGUGCUGAUAUUAGCAAUGUGGCACGUCCUUUUCAAAGAGCCUUUGAAUGGGCGCAGAUCUUGGUCAAAGAGUUUGUCUCUCAAGGUGAUCUUGAACGUGAAUUAGGCAUGAAUGUAUCACCUAUAAACGAUAGGUCAUUAAUUGUAUUAGAAGAUUCACAGAUUGGUUUUAUUCGAUAUGUUGCACUUGGAUUAUUUGAAAGUGUGAGUGAUUACAUAGAAGAAUUAUCAUUUUCUGUAGAUUAUAUAAAGUGUAAUUUAUCUAUUUGGGAAGAUAGAAAAAAGAAGUCUCAUCAAGAACAUACGUCCGCAACUACAACAAUAGUCAAUAGUAGUAAUGGAAAUAGUAGUAGCGAUGAUAUCAGUAUUAUUCAUCAGGAUACAAAAGAUUAUCAUUCAGAAGCUGUUCAUAUAUUGAACAAAGAAUUAAUACCAAUACCGGAAUUACCAAAAAUGUCUACAACCGUAGCCAUGUCAACCUUAAUAUCACCCUCCAAUGAAGAAAUUGAUCAUAAUUGGUCAAGGACUCAAGGAAGUCCAGCUCCUAUUUUUUGUCAGUGUACCAUUCAAUAGGAUUUAUUUAUAUUAUAUAAAUAGAUAGAUAGAUAGACAGACUCUCUAUUUUGUAUAUUUGUUAGAUUUUAUAUAUUUUAUCCUUUUCUCUUUUAUAAUAUAAUAAUUAUUCAGUAUAUUUAUGUAUACACUACUUUUUUAGCUUUAAAUUCAGCACUAAUAAUAGUCCAUUUUUGGAGUUGUUUUCUUUGUUCUUUUUUUUUUUUUUACCAAUCAAGUCG